AUGUCAGAACCUCAGGCGGUGUAUGCUACUGACGAGUAUGGCCGCCCUUUCAUCAUCGUCCGGGAACAAGCAAGGAAAACGAGAUCUCAUGGUGUAGAGGCAAUCAAGUCCCAUAUACUUGCAGCACGGACAGUAGCCAAUAUUAUCCGAACAUCAUUAGGACCGAGAGGCCUGGACAAAAUUCUGAUAACUCCUGACGGAGAAAUUAUCGUCACGAACGAUGGAGCAACUAUCCUAUCACAGAUGGAGGUAGAGCAUCAGAUUGCAAAACUCCUCGUUCAACUAUCUAAAAGUCAAGACGAUGAAAUUGGUGAUGGCACAACUGGCGUCGUUGUACUUGCUGGUGCUCUCUUGGAGCAGAGUGAAGCUUUACUCGACCGUGGAAUCCAUCCAAUCCGUAUUGCAGAUGGUUUCGACCGUGCUUGCAAAGUCGCGGUCGAAGAACUAGAUCGUAUCUCAGAUCGUGUCGAAUUCUCGAAAACCGAUACUUCCAACCUUCUCAAAACUGCCAUGACAAGUUUGGGCAGCAAGAUUGUCUCUAAAGAACAUCAACAGUUCGCUCAGAUCGCCGUCGAUGCAGUUUUACAAGUUGCAGACCUAGAGCGUCGUGAUGUUUCUUUCGACCUCAUCAAAGUGGACGGCAAGGUCGGCGGGUCACUGGCCGACACAACGCUCAUCAAGGGUGUUCUCCUUGACAAAGACAUGUCUCACCAACAAAUGCCUCGAUCUGUAAAUGAUGCCCGUCUUGCCAUCCUCACAUGUCCGUUUGAACCGCCACGUCCGAAAACCAAACAUAAGCUGGAAAUAUCGAGCGUGGAUGAGUACAAGAAGCUUCAAGCAUACGAGAAGGAGAAAUUUAUUGACAUGAUCAAGCGGGUGAAGGACACUGGCGCGAACUUAGUCAUUUGCCAAUGGGGUUUCGAUGAUGAAGCCAACCAUCUACUGAUGCAGAAUGAUUUACCUGCGGUACGAUGGGUUGGUGGCCCCGAGAUCGAGCUUAUUGCGAUCGCAACACAAGGUCGUAUUGUUCCUCGGUUCGAAGACUUGACUUCUGCCAAGCUUGGCAAAGCUGGUAUCGUCAGGGAGGUCUCAUUUGGUACUACUAGGGACAAGAUGUUGGUCAUUGAGGAGUGCGCGAAUAGUAGAGCCGUGACUAUAUUUGUUCGUGGUAGCAACAAAAUGAUCGUUGAUGAAGCUAAGCGGGCUUUACACGACGCGAUUUGUGCCGUGCGCAACCUCGUCGUGGACAACCGGGUCGUUUACGGCGGAGGUGCUGCUGACAUUAGCUGUUCAGUCGCUGUUGCAAAAGCUGCUGAUGAGAUUCCAACUAUCGAGCAAUACGCUAUGCGCGCCUUUGCCUCCGCUCUCGAUGCAAUUCCUUUAGCACUGGCAGAAAACAGUGGUCUAUCUCCUAUAGAAACUCUGGCGGAUGUCAAGAGUCGACAAAUAAAAGAAGGAGACUCACACAUUGGUAUUGAUUGCAGUGGGAAGGGAAACAAUGACAUGAAGAAUCAAUUUGUGUAUGAUCCUCUCAUUUCCAAAAGGCAGCAGUACCUGCUUGCGACACAACUUGUGCGCGCGGUCUUGAAAAUCGAUGAUGUUAUUACUGCUGGCGAGGCUGAAGAGUAG